AUGUCUUCUCACGACACACAAGCCCAAGAAUCCAACUGGACGCUCGUAAUGGCUGAAUCCCGCCUCAACACCUCGCGCAAGCGCGCCCCCGCCCUCCUCGACCUCUUCCACGAGGAUAUGGAGGCCAUGCACUGCCCCAUGUACGAUGCCGCCGUCGGGUGGGGUCCGGGCGAGAUGGGUUGGUCUAUGAUGGUGCGGCUGCUGGAGCCCGUCAGCGCGAGUCCGCUCUGGCUUGAGGAGGCGCGGGAGCGGUUCUCUGAUCUUGUGCUUGAUUUGGAUGAGGAUCAGGCUACUGUCCUCAAUGGAAGGGACGAGGCUAUGUGGCAGAGAGAUAAGUGGGAGUACCUCUCCGCCAUUGCGGUUUGGAGGGGGAUCCCGUUUCUCCUGUGGAAGGAUGGCGAGAGGCAGGGGGCUGAUGGGUUUAUUUGGAGUGUGCUUCUUGAGCAUAUUGCUGAUGAUGUUAAGGAUCUCAGGGCGUUUGACACUGAGGCUCGAAUGGCUCUCUCUGCGGCUGACGUCCUGCGCAGGCUGAAUCCCACCGGAAACGCCGUGGUCGAUAUGCCUCUUCUCAAGGUGGAGGAUAAGAUUGCGCUGGCGGCAGUAGUCAUGGACCCCAGGGUUACGGCAACAAGUGCAGAAGAGCUGGCGGGCAGAUUCAGCCAGUGUUUGCUGGAGGAAAUGGGCUGCGAGAACUUUAGUUUCAAGAUCGAGUACCGGAUCGAAAACAGGCACUGGGUGGUGUCUCUGGACCUGCUGGAACCAGGCGGAGCUUCAGACAGAAAGGCCAAGUGGCUGAGUGGCAUCCGAUCCGGGUUUCUCUACCAUUUUGGGAGGAUCGAUUCCGAGGUCCAGGGAGGGAAUGGACGAAGUGCCAGGGCUAACCUCACACGUUCGUCUUGUAAGCUAAGGCAAGCGACCUGGGUUUUAGGCUAUAGAGGCGUGGCCUUGUACCUGAUCAAAGGAGGGGUUAAGCAGCAUGAGCAGUGCGACAAGAUGAUCAGCUUCCUCAGGAAAGACAAGAUACUCAACCCUGAGGCCUUUGGUUAUCACAUUGAAUGGCAAUAA